UGCUAGGUUUCUUAUCUAUUGUGCUAUAUUUAGUCCAAGCGGGGGAGGGCUGGGUUAGAAAAAAGGCGCGAAGUUAUAAAGAAAAUCUAGGAAAUACUUUUGUACCAGCAGACUGGGGCGAGAGAGGCGGCUGAUCAGAACUUCUAAGAAGAGAAACGACCAGAUCACCUAGACAGAGAGAUAAACAUUGAAUAGAAGAUGACUGCUAAAGGGAAAAUUGAGAAAAUACUGGCAACACUGGAGAAUCUAUCGAAUAGCAGCUUUACAUCUUUUAGAAGAAAGCUCAACAACUGUGAUUUACCAAAACGACUUGAAAGAAUCCCAUGGAAUAUAUUAGAAGAGGCAGAUCCACCAACCGUGGUUUAUAACAUAAUCAGAUACUACACAACAAAGCAUGGACCACAAAUUGUAAUGAAAGUGCUGAAAGAUAUCAACGAAAGACAGGCCAGUCUAGACUUGGAAACAGAAUUAAACAGAAAAAACUUGAAUUCACGGAGCACAACUCCGAAGCACAAACAUCACAAGGAACAACGACAAACAGAAAAAAAUUCUGAGGGUGCAAACCGUGAUGGGGGUCACUUAAAUGACAGAGCAGUUGGAAAAAGUCAAAUAAGCAGUCGUGGAAGUAAUCUAGAAGUGGGUUUGUUGGAUGCUCCAGGGAUCACAGACCAUACAAGCCAUGCAACUGCACACGCUGAAGAAACCAAUCUUAAUUCCACUCCAGAAAUCAACAUUGGACCUGUCUCGAAAGAAACAUUUUACAGCGUUGGACCUUCAACAGACUCUACCAACAUGUUAAAAGAUGAAAGUUUUUAUAUUCCUGUACAUAACGUGGUAUCCACUGAACAUAAGAACCAGCAAAGAGAAAACAAUGUCAUUCAAAAUAUCAGUAACAAGCCUUUAACAGGCCUUACCAAAAAGCCUAAUAUUAAGCGUAUUCGCCAAAAGGGGAAGCCACUGCAAGACCUUAAACUGCCAGCACUGAAGAAAGGAAAGCGUGAACUUAUAGAGAAACACAGCAAAAACAAGCCACAAUUCUACACCAAACUUUUAUUCCAGCACUUUGUGCAGUAUGAGACAUACGUAACAUGGCACCAAAACACUAACUUUGAUGGAUAUGGAGAUUCUCUCCCCAUUUUGAAGCCUCAAAUGUACACGCUACUAAUAAAUGCAACUGACCUCCUGGAUUUUAUCUCUAAGUACUACUGGGGAUAGUAGCUUGUUGAUAUCGGUAUACAAAAACUAUGAAGGUUUCCCAGCAGCUUCAAUAUUUUCACAAGUAUUGGCUCUUAUCUGGCUGUCCUUACAGACAAGGAAGUAUUUAAUCAAUUGAGAUGUUUGUCACAUCACACAAUACUUGUGGCAGAAAUCGACAGAAAUAAAAGAGUCAGUUUGUAUUAAAACAAAAACUGAGGGUGUAUUUACUGUUCUGAUUAGCCUUAAACCAUUUGAAACCAUUUUAAGUUAAUAGACUAAACCAACACCAUCUUCUACUCACCUCCCCAUUAGAGACAUUUGUCUAGAACAGGGAUCCCCAACCUUUUGAAGCCGUGAGCA